AGAUAGUAUAAGAGAAAAGUAGAUGGUUCAGCGGCUGGAGAGCACGUGUAGUUAGUAGUUAGUUACUAGUUAGUUACAACGGUCGCUCGCAGUCGCAUCGGAAGAGUUGUGAGGUCGUGAUUGUGUUUUUCGGGAGUUAUUACACCCAUUUUUUUUAACCGAAGCGAAUUGCGUGUGUGUUGAUUCACUUUUACCUGUCGAUCGGUUAAAAAUAUUAUAAAUCUCGAGCAUUAAUAUUGUUGCAGAAUAGAUUUGAACUUUUUAAAAUCAUUUCUGAAUUAACGGAGAAAUCGAAUUUGAUUUCUUUCAUUGAUAUGGAGACUGUUGGGAUUGAUUUGGACAACAAAUACACAUAUUUUCCACCUUUUCCAAGAUUAGAAGAUCUGGCUGGCCUCUCGCUAGUUUUGAAUUUGUGGAAUUAUUAUUAUUCUCACUAUCACGACACGGAUUCUUGUGAUGAUGAUCUCGAAAAGGUGAAUGAAAUGAUUAAUGAUAUGAAGAUGCCGAACUGCAUUAAAGAAAAAAUGAUCGAUCUUUGUGAAACCAUUGACCGCCAUUUAGAUCAUAAUCGCUAUGGCCGUGAGGAUAUGAUGAACAUGUGCAACUAUCUUGGAAAUAAAAAACAUUUUUUUCUUUACGGAGCUGCUUGGGACACAAAUGGGCACAUCAACGACAAAAAAACUGCGCAGAAAGUUUUGAAGUGUCCUGAACGGUUGAAUGAUAACGAUCUGAUGUUUCGGAUCAUGGUCAAAUACUGCUUAGAAAAUGAUAUAAAGGAUUUUCCGUUGUCUUCGUUGAGUGAAAAAUUUUAUGAAAAAAGUAGGUUUACCAUACGUGACGAAUUAACAGAUUAUUGGAUCGAGUUCAAAGUUAAUGAAAGAACGGGCCGGCACCAACGCCAUUACCAACGCAUGCUACUCGACAGUCUGAAACGUAAUACCCGUUUCUUCUGUCCUCGGCCUAUGCACGUGUACGAAUACUUCUGGUAUUUCUUGGAUGAAAAUGAACAAGUGACCAUUACAAGAAAUUUGAUUCAACAUGUAAGAAGUGACAGCAUGUUUUUUCUAUUCUCAAAACUAAAUAGGCAUCAGCUGAGGAGUUUAUACUUGGAAGAGCCAGCUGCCAUCAUUGCAAAUUAUUUUUAUUCAGAAGAUUUCAAGCUGGUAAAUGCAGCAUGGGCACGUGUCCGGUCAACAAUCAAAGAAGAGGAAUUCGAACGUUUGAUUUAUAAGAUAUUGCACUCAGAAAUAUUUCGCAAAGACGACAACAUACAGUAUUUGAUCGAUAUGUGGAACAACGCCCCCGAUAACUUGAUCGAAUACGUCAUAAAUGUUAAAAAUUGUGAAAUUACAUCUACGUUGUUUCCAAAUGAAUCAAAAUACUCGUACGAAUAUUAUGUAAAAUCAUCCAGUUUCAAAUUUUUAAAAUUCAUUCUACUUCAAACUACGAUUGAAUUCAGAAAGCAAUUUUUGGUAGAUAAAGGACUACCAUUGAUAUUGAAUUAUUCCGAUGUGUUCAGUUCAUUAAUCGAACAUUGUUUAGAUGCGACUGAUCAGAUGGAAACCAAGGAGAUGGUGCUAAUCAAAGCAAUAGAAUCAGAAAAUACUGAAAUUCUACGUCGUUUUCGUGAUUUAUUAUACUCCAGUGUAAAUGAAUUUUAUGAAUUUUUAGAAUUUUUCACAUUAGAACCAAAUUUACAGAUGCGAGUAAAAAAGCGUUUGCUGAGAUCUGGAGUACUAAUCAUCGGAAAACUGAACAGAGUUGAUAAUUGGGCAAAAAUAUGCCAAUUUAUAGACGAAUUGUAUUCCAAUGAUGAAAAAGAAGCUCGUCGGCAGAAAAAUAAAACUGUGAAAUCAUUUUUGCACUCUCACUUCUAUUACGGGUAUUGCUUUCGACGAAACGGCGAUGAAAACUUUACUGAAAUCGAAAAUCUCAUGACUCAAUUUCUUACCGCUGAAGAAAUUGCAACUGCCAAAGAAGACAUAAUUGACUACUUUCAAUCGGUUUUCUGUUCCGAUACAGUAUGGCAUCGUCCUGAUUUAUUAUCAAAAAGAGUGAAUAUUUUGAAACUUACUGCUUGGUGUUAUGAUGGUGAUGAGGAAAGAAUGUCACAAUUCAAACGUUCAUUUCCAAUUGAUAAAGCGUUUCAACAUUUUUUGCGUGAAGCAGUAGAACGAUACGUGAAUGGAAGAGACGCCGAUCUAUCAUUUUCUCCAUUGGAUCAACUUUUGUGUUGGAAAUUCUCAUCAAAAAAAUAUAUCAAGAAGUUUAAAAGGAGGCAAAUACACCAUGUUAUGAAAAGCGAACUGUUCGCGUACUUUAUAUGUAAAAAAGAAAUACAUCCAUUCGUAGUGAAGAAAAUUAUUGCGUGGAUUUUUGAUGACAAUGAAUUCAAAAUUGAAGAGUUUGAACAACUUUACCAGGAAGAAAUUUCGAUUAAAAUUAUUCAUUGGUUAAAUCCGAGAAAAGAUUGUUCUGUAUGUAGAGAGUAUACUUAUCAUAGCAGCGAUGAAUCCGACUAAUAUUUUAUUAGGUACCUAAUACCUAUUUAAUUUAGUUAAUUUAUCGGUUUCGUCAUUCGUGAUAAAAAUGUGAUGCAUGUUGCCUACUCAAGUAUCCUUUUUAUAAUGUACAUGCUGAUUCAUAUUUUCAUUUUCUCUCAUCUUAGGUAAUUCUAAUUGUGAUUUUUGUGAUAAGUCAUUCAUUCAACACCGAUAGAUUUUAUUUUUCCUUUCCUAUUUUAAGAAAAUUAAGAUAAGAAAAAAUAUCAAUAAUUCAAUAUUGAAUUUAUUAAUGUUAUCAAUUAAAUUUUCAUUGCUCGCAAUA